UUAUAUAGCAACGAGCAUGGUCACGUGAAAAUGCAGUCCAGUUCAGCAUAAAUCCUCCAAGGAGUUUGGUAUUUCAACCACAAGGUUAUAACAAUGGAUCCGGCCAUGGUUUCUCAUCAAAGGAUGUUACUGGUCUUCUUGUAUACUUUAUGCUGUCUUCCUCAAGGUCUCUUCUCCUCUUGUCCCGAUAAGAACUCGUACAUUUUCAUAAGUGUUGAUACUUCGAGUGAUAGCCAGCUACUAAAAAAAGGAGGACAUUAUAAAUGUGGUACUGGGACGACACUGACUUGUAUUUAUAAAAAUGAUAAUGUUGUUAGAGGACAAUCAAUUGUAUGGUGGUUAAAGUCUUCUGGUACUGAUCCGUUGGAGGCACAUAGUGUUUCAGAUGAUUUCACCUGUUCUAAUAUGUAUUAUACUCCAACCUCCAGUGGAACUUAUAAGUGUCAAUACUUUGGGGUGCCUGACUCUGCUUUUUCUGUCACCAUUACUUUAACAAGUUCACUUGGGUCUGGUUAUUGUGUUGAUCUUAAUCCACCUUCAUCCACUGUCAGCAGCACUGCUACCAGUGGAUCCCACAUCACUGUAACAGCAACACCAACGCCAACAUCUAGAACGAGAAAUACUAAUCACUUCAAAGGUCUUAAUCCUUUGAUCUACACUACAAUUGCAGCCAUCUUGUUAGUCUCCCUUACGCUUGUCUCCAUAGUCACGUGUUGGUUGAGAUCCCGCAAGAUGUCAUCUCAGAGAACAUUACUACCACAAGAGUCGCCUCAGGACUAUCUUGAUUACAUACGAGAGGGACAGUUCACUCCACUAACUACCAGCGAAUUUAUAGCCUCUCUCCACGAGAGACCUCCAACCUACGUUGAGAGUCAAGACAUUCAGAGAAGCAUGAGUAGCGAGGGCGGUGACAAUAAUGGACGCCCUUCACCACCACCACGGCCACCACGACCCCCUGUACGUCCUGUUAGACAAGAGACAGCUGAAAAUGAUGAGACAUUAGUGCCUGAUGAAAAUAAUCAGACAUUACUGCUUGAAGCUUCUGCUCCUGAAGAGUCAGGAGACAAUGAAAAUGAAGACACUCCUCUCAUAUGACAAUGCAUGCAUUGCUAAGGUUUUAAUUUUUUAACACUUCAAUGAUGAUUAUUGAUCUUUUUAUUCUUUACUUUUAUCACAGUGAUGUGUGGCUAUUAGCUAUUUGUAGUUUAUAAGCUAUUUCUU